AUGCGUUAUUUCUACAAAACAUUACAGUCGGAUGAUGUUAUUUCACCAAUAAGUAAAACGUCUGAGAAUAAAACUCACAGCGGUGUCGUCUUUUACCUUGGAGAUAUUCUAGAAGCUACAAUGGACUAUCCUAAUAUCGAAAGUGGCGAAAGAAUGUGUCUGACAAUUGAAAAAGUUCCGGGAUCUCAGUUACAUCUAGCCGAAUCAUCUGCAGUGAAAAGUUGCUUAACUCAUGCUAACCUACUUGUAUGUAAAUCCGAAGUGGACAGUAGUAGCGUGACAAAUUACGAUGAUGAUUCGUACCCACAUAUGUGUAAUUUUGCGGACGAUAAAUGGUUUGGUCCAUUGCCAAAAUGGAUUCUUGAUUUGAAGCAAAAAGCUGAAUUCAGACAAGAUCAUAUAUGCCUAACAAAACUUUUAUUCUGUAUUACAGCAGUGUGUUCUGGGCUAAUCGUCGUCCUUUUCCUUACAAGUACAAUAAUUUUGGCUGUUCGGUACAAAUGCCUAGUUCUAAAAAUGAAAAGAAAACAGACUGGAACGGAUGGAACUCACGUCUGGGCACAAAAUUCAGAAAUAUCACAAUGUCUUUUAGGUGAAACAGAUGGAAGAUUAGAUAUUCUAGCUGAUUCAGCGUUUCGUCGUGAUCCUAGUGGUUUCACAAGAGGAAGUUAUAAAGAAGCACUAGUUAAUAGCGGGUAUCAAAGAAUUUCAAAUGGACGAAAUAAAGGCCUCCAUACAUCGGAUAAACCUCGAUCUGGAACAAUAACAUGUUAG